AUGACCAAUGGCAAUUCAUACGGAUUGCAGGACGACAUUAGCGAAGGCUUACAAUUAGGGGUGUUCAUUACCGGGCACAACCUAGUCCAAGGAUAUAUCGUUAAUGGGGUCAUAACUCUUGAUUAUGUGAACACUAAGUUCAAUUUGGUUGAUUUCUUCACUAAAGCCAUGAGUAGGGAUUCAAUUGAACAGGCGAUGCCUCCUAGAAGAAGAACAUGUGCUGAGAAGGAGUCUUCUCGCCAACGUUUGAGAGCUCUAGAGAAUGCUAUCAUUGCCCUCGCAAAUCGAUCCACUGGUCCGGCUAACAACCAGUCUUUUUUUGAUUGGUUUGAUCGUCACCGUCCCCCAGCCUAUGAGGGUACUGCCGAUCCUGUAGUUCUCGAAGGUUGGUUGCGUGAGAUAGAAAAACUCUUUGACGCGACCGGCUGCCCAAAUGCUGAAAAGGUAGCUAUUGGCUCGUAUUACCUGAAGAAAGAGGCUGACAACUGGUGGGGUAUGGUCAAAGCUGAAUAUCUUGCUACCACUGGCUUUGGGUGGGAACAGUUCUCCACGAAGUUGAAGGAGAGAUUCUAUCCGGACGAGUUGAGGUGGCUGAAAAGAGAAGAGUUUCUCUCUCUGGAACAGGGUUCUAUGUCAGUGCAAGCAUAUACUGACAAGUUCACAGAGUUGUCUCGUUUUGCUGCUGUUUUGAUCCCUUCUGAAGUUGAGAAAGUGAGGUUGUAUGUAAGGAGGUUAGACGCCCGGAUUAGGGUACCAGUGAUGUGUUCAGGUGCUGCUACUUUCCAGAGGGCUUAUGAAGUUGCCCUUAGUGCUUAUGCUGCAGUUCAAGAGGAAGAAGCUGCUAGACGUGCUCUCACAGCCAAGAGGCCCCCUCCCUCAUUUCAUACUGCAAACCCCUCCAAGAAGUCUAAGCUUAUUCCUGCGAAGAAGGGGAGUACUUCUGAUUCUAGACCAAAGAAGUGUUUCAAGUGCCAGAAAGAUUGGCACCCUGGCAAAAAUUGUGAUGGUUCUGAUGUCAAGUGUUUCUAUUGCAAUGGUGAGGGUCACCGUUCGUACUCUUGCCCUAAGAAUUCUGAUGCAGGCAAGACAAUUACUGGUGGUAAUGUCCCUCUCCGCAACAGGGUUUAUAAUAUGACCGAAACUGAGGAAGAAUCGGAUGUUGAUGUCAUUGCCGGUACUAUUCUCGUAAACUCUAUUCCUGCUUAUGUUUUAUUUGAUACUGGUGCUACUGCUUCUUUCAUCUCUUCUUCCUUUAUUGAAAAAGCCAAGUUGAACUCUUCUAUGUCUGUUAAAUCUGUGAUCUCCCUUCCUAAUGGGGAGAAAAUUUCUUGUCAUCGCGCUUUUCGAAGCGUUCCUGUUAUCAUUAACGAGGUAGAAUUGACUGCAAAUCUUAAAGAGUUCCCCAUGGACGAAUUCGAUGUGAUAUUCGGCAUGGAUUGGUUGAAGGAAUACCGAGCUGUAUUCCAUUGUAGGGAUGAGAAGGUGGUGUUGAGAAACCAUAAAGGGGAGAGAGUUUCUUAUUCUAACACCAAGGCAAAACAUGGUGUGAAGAUCAUCUCUGCUAUGAAGAUGAUGAAAAUACAAAGGAAAGGGAAUGAAGUUUUCUUGUGCAAAGUGACUGAAGUCUUCGAAGGCGUUAAGCUUGAAGACAUUCCCAUUGUCAGGGACUAUCCAGAUGUAUUUCCCGAAGAAUUACCUGGAAUCCCUCCCGAAAGAGAUGUAGAAUUUGGGAUUGAUUUGAUUCCAGGUACCGCUCCUAUUUCUAAACCCCCCUAUAGAAUGAAGAAAGAUGGUAGUAUGCGGCUGUGUGUUGACUACCGUGAACUGAACAAGGUAACUAUCAAAAAUAGAUAUCCCUUGCCAAGAAUUGACGAUCUUUUUGAUCAAUUAAAGGGCGCGGGUGUCUUUUCUAAGAUUGACCUUAGGUCUGGUUACCAUCAGAUCCCUGUGAGGGAAGAUGAUAUUCAAAAGACAGCUUUCCGGACUAGGUAUGGGCAUUAUGAAUUUGUCGUCAUGCCCUUCGGUCUUACGAAUGCCCCUGCUGUGUUUAUGGACCAGAUGAAUAGGUCCUUUCACGAUUUGUUGGAUGAAUGUGUAGUUGUCUUCAUUGACGACAUCUUGGUAUUCUCGAAGGAUGAAGAAGAGCAUGUUAAACAUCUAGAAAUGGUGUUAAACAUUCUCAGGAAGCAGAAAUGGUUUGCCAAGUUCUCAAAAUGUGAAUUCUGGCUUAAGAAAGUGGCAUUUCUAGGCCAUGUUAUUAGCAAGGAAGGUGUGAAGGUUGAUCCAACAAAAAUUAAAGCUAUUCUAGAGUGGGCAAGUCCCUCUAGUGUAACUGAAGUUCGGAGUUUUCUAGGACUUGCAGGCUAUUAUCGAAGGUUUGUGCAUAACUUCUCUAUUAUUGCUCAACCUCUGACAAAAUUGAUGAAGAAAGACUGCAAGUUUAGAUGGUCCGAAGAGUGCGAAAAGGAUUUUUAG